AUGGCCCACGAGUCGAUCCCACUUCCGCGGCGAAAAUCUUGUGAGGCUUGCAAGACCGCAAAGCGACGCUGUGAUCUCGCUCUCCCAGCCUGCUCUCGAUGCACCCGCCGGGAUGUCACUUGCGUCUACCCGUGGCAACAGGCCUAUGAGACCGAGAAUUUGGGUAAGGCCUCUCACCUAAUUGAUUCCCUCGGCGAUCUGGACAUAAAUUCCAACACCAACUGCCAAAUUCAGCCAGGCUUCGAUUUUUGUCCCCAAUCUGCCUCCUUACCCGUCAUGACGGGCCUGGUGGAUUCACACCCAAGUUACCACACUGCAUGCUCUGGAGUUCAAGCCAUGCUCCCUGGACAAGGUUUUGAUAUCGACCCUAAUUCUGAGCUUAUAUUACCACGAGCAAGACCGCCGAGGCCGUUGCCGGAGAUAAUUGCUUCCCAGCUUCAAUUUGCGAUCGACAUUUUGGAAAUGUCGCCUAGAAUGAUGGUUCUCGAAAACCAAACACCAUGGUGUCAUCCAAAACUUUAUCAAAACUAUAUGCCGAGGGCCAUGCAGGACGCAUUUGCCUGCUGCUCUCUAUACAUGUCCAAAAACGAAGCCAACGCAACAGUUAUAAUGGCUCUUUUUGAGGCAAGAAUAAUGGAACUUAUGUCAACUCCUGAGCCGAAUACCACAUUUGAACUUCUGGCACGAGUCCAUGCCUUAAUUUUAUAUCAAGUCAUGCGUUUAUUCGAUGGUGACAUCCGCUCUCGCGCGACAGCAGAUGCCCUUUUCACGUCACUCGAGUCUUCUGUCAUGACUCUCCUAAGUCACCUAAACAUCCCACUCCCAUCGGACUCCAUAGAGCCUAUGCCACUGUCCAUCGAUGCAGUCACAAACUUUUGGUAUUCCUGGAUCAUUCAAGAAUCCGCUCGGAGAACCGUCCUUCUUGCGUUCUAUUUCAUGCAAAUAUACAAAGUGCUUCAGGGGACUCCUAACCUGCAAUGUGAUGGGAAACUGGGUCUUCACCAUUCCUGGUACUUAUCGGCUCACCUUUGGAAUGCUCAGAGCGCCUUUGAUUUUGCGGUCGCGUGGGCUGAGAAACCGCAUUUUGUCGUGGGUAAUCUGGACUUUACCUGGGUUCUGGCUACUGCACAGCCAGAGGAUUUGGACACAUUCGGCAAGAUGUUUCUGGUUACUUUGCUAGGCAUUGAUAAGACCAGAACAUGGUUUCAUGGAAGAGGGGCCAUAUUAUCAUAA